GGAACAGCAGCAUCCUUGCAACGUGUCGGCUCGCAAGCGAGUCUAGAACAGGCGUCUCCCAUGUCCCCCAGCCAGGUGGUUGCACCGGCGCCCCAUCACUAUCAUUACAUACAAUAUCCGGCGCAUUAUCACCAGCCGCAGAUGCAGAUGCAGCUACAGCCGCCGAUCCAGCAGCCAGCCAGCCAAUGCCAAUGCCCCUGCUCCUGCGGGCGGGCCCCACAGAUGACCCAACUGCCGCCGCCGCCGCCGCCGCAGCAGCAGCAGCAUCCAUCGCAGAACGGCUCCAUGGCUGUGGCGGUGCUGGUGCAUCAACAGGCCUCUGUGCCAGCCGCAGCAGAUCAAGCGACGCCACUGAAGACGCAGUCGGCCCAGUCCCUGCUCAACCACUCCUACCAGGCGCUGCACGAGGAGCAGCAGCAGAGGGAUCGGCUCAAUCUGCAGCUGGACACUUCGGUUGGCGGCGGCAGCUGUGACUGCGACCUGGAGUGCAGCUGUGCCGCCAACGGAGGCUCUUCCCUGGCCCAGCACAAGCGCAGCCUGCUGGCGGAUGCCAUGCUCGGUGCGGACGAGAUUACGGUCAGCGAAUCCGACAACAACAGCACCAUGAUCAAGAAGAAGAAACCCCGCUCCAGUGGCGGUCAGCUGCCGCCCAAGACUCAGCCCACGGGCGACAGUUGCAACGACAUUUACCACGACACGGAGCUGGAUGGGGCAGUAGGUUCGGUGCCCUCCCUAGGAGGAGCUGCUUCGCGCGGCAGAAAGUCCCAGAAUCUGGAUGAAAAUCGUCCGCCCCUGCCGCCACGCCCACCGCCCAGACCGCGCAGCAACGGAAAUGGAUCCAUAGCCCAUCGGCAUGGAGCUGGCAUCAAGAAGUAUGUGGUGUGGUGCCUCAUCUGCGGCGGCUUUAGCUGCCUGCUUGGCGUCCUCUUCCUGGGCGUCUACUUCCUGCUGCACUCGUACACCAUCACCGUGGGCAACUUUGAGACGGUGCCGACCUUCGUGCCCGCCACACUGCUCAUCCUCACCGGCAUCUGCAUCAUGAGUCUGGCCCGUCGAAGGAAUCGCUACAGCUAUCUGAUCAAGCUGUCGGGCGCCUGCGGCCUGGUCUCCGCCCUCACCUGUGCCCUGGUCACGGUCACCACCACCGUGCUGCACAUGAGUCGCCUGCAGGCGUUGCGGGAGUGCGAGUACGCCCAGAAGACGCGCACCUGCACCUGCUACUCGGACCUCAUCGAGUCCCAGGUGGAUCGUGUGGACAAGGGAGUGCGUCUGGUGUUCGACUCGCUCUCCGACUGCGGCGUUGUCCAUGGAUCGCUCUACUCCUGCCUGCGGGCCAUCUUUGGGCUGUCUGUGGCCGGAGUGCUCAUCGCCGUCUUCAGCUGCAUGCUGGUCUACCAGCUGCUGAGCCAUGAGCGCAAGAAGAUGUACUGGGAGCAGCUGGAGUUGCGCUGCCGCUCCCUCUAUGCCAGCCAGGCGCCGCCACCCUCUAUGGGAGCUUUGGGGGCACCCGGACGGAUGCUCAAUUGUCGCUGCUGCGAACAGUGCCACGCCCAUCGGCAGAUGACGCUGCCGAUGCAGACCACCGCUUAUCCCUGGGACGAGGCCACGGUGGCGGCAGCAGCCGCGGCAGCCGGAGGCGGCGGAGCGGAGCAGCGCUUCUGGGCGGCUCAGCCACCGGGCAACUUUUAUUCGCCAAAUCCCGGCGGUGAGGAUGCCUCCGGACAGUGUCGAGGCGGUGACCGGGGAGGAGCGGGAGGAGGCGGACGCAGCAGCAGCGGCUGGAGCUGGCCGAGAAUGCCAUGGCAGCGCACUACUCCGGACACGGGACGACGAUUCCGGCAGGCAGCAGCCAGUCCGGACUCCCAGUAUGGUUUCAGCUCGGCCACGGCCAUGACGGCGGACGGCAAUCAGAUGCUGAUCGAGGAGCCGGCAGUGGGUGCCGCCUACAAUGGCAUGCCGCCGCCCAAUGCCCUGCCCUACGGCGUGUGGGGUCCGCCGCCGCCUUACAGCGAUCCCAACAGCCCUGCGAGGCGUGGCUACUACCAGUAUCUGCAGCCGGCGGCUUGUCUGGCUGGCAAUCCCUCAACCACGACGGUGGCCCUCACCCAGGAGCAGCUGCAUCAGCAGGCGAUGCAGCACCAGCACCAGCACUCACACGCGCACGCACAUUCCCAGCAGCAGCAACAGCAGCAGCAGCUGCAGUUGCAGCGAAUCCAAGGCCAGUCGGCCACUCUGGAGCGGAUGGAUGGCCUGAGCCUGAGCAGUAUGACUGGCAACAUGACCGGCAUGACGUCCGCACGCUCCUCCGCCUACAAGUCGAAGGUGGAGUACGAGAACACGCCCUCGGACAGCGACGGAGGCGGCAAUGUGAGGGAGAGGGAUCGCUGUUCCAACACGCUGCCCACGCGGAAGCUGAAGAAACGCAUCGAGGCGGGCACCGGGGCCAAGAGCAUCGGACCCCAGAGCAAUCCCAGCCAGCAGCGGCCCAAUGUCCAGCAACUGUUUGCCAAACAGGAGCAGCAGUCGCCACUGCAGCAGCAUCAGCAGCAGCAACAGCAGCAGCAGCAGUCCACUCAGGCGGGUACACAGACACAGACACAGCUACAGUCGACGACGGGCGUGGAGAACAGCGGAUAUCAGGACUCGAACGGAGCCAUAGCCAAGGACCAGGUGGUGGGGUCUCUGCUACAGGACCCCGCCGAGUCGGAGGUCUACUUUGCGGACGUCAGCAGCUGCUGCAACAUGUCCGUGAAGAACGACAACUACUACGACAACGCCCAUCGGCAUCAGGGGCACCACCACCAUCAGCACCAGCACAGCAACUGCAGCCACAGCAGCACACAGAGCAACGCCAACACCAACAACUCCUCCUCGGCGAACGAGGACUAUUUGGCACAAAGAUUCGGCAGACGCGAGCACUCGAUACGCAGUCGUUUGCCCAUUCCCCCACAGGCGCGGCUCGAGGAUGACUACGAGAGCUCCAACCUCAAUAUGCCCACGAUGAAGGAGCAGCAGCAGCAGCAGCAACAGCUGCAGAAGGAGAUCUCGCGCCAGAGCAUGUGCUCCGUGGAGUCGGAGGCCAAGACUGAGUUCACCGACCUGUCGCCAUCGACGCCCUGCGGCGGAUCACUGCCGCCGCCGCCGGCAAACUUUGCCAGCGAUCCGCCGUGUACGCCCUGUACGACGGGUCAGCAAUCGCCAAGUUUUGUCGCCUCGUUUCCGUACUCCUCGGAAUCGCAGUGCCUGGAGGCGCAUCGCCGCUCCACAAAGAACAUCCACGAGCUGCUCAUGGCCGGUGGCGGUGGAACCUCAGCGGUCGGCGCAGACUCCCACUACGAGGUGAUCAACGAUCGGAACAAUCCAGUGGGCAGCUAUCAACUGCAGCGGGCCAUUGCCGGCGGCAGUCACAAGCACAAAUCCAAGUCGAAAACGCGUUCGCGGGAGCAGCUGGACAUCUAUGGGAGUGGCGGAGGAGCCGAUCGCUCAGACUGGUCCUCGGACGGGGGACGUUUGUGAGACAAAGCUGGCGACGAGGUGUUUGUCUAGACGGAGCGGAGCAGUGGUUUCAUCAUCAUUAUAUACUCAGUGGGGACCCUGUGUCCCCGCUCGAUUCUUUAGUGUCCUCUCACUUUGGUUUGUCCGCAUACGCAUCCACGGCCACGUCCACCCGCCGCACACAACCACUAAAUAUCGUCGCAUUUGUAAUGUUUGCCAUCCAGAAACAGAGGAACAGAAAUUCUUCCUCCCCCUCUCUCUCUCUCACACACUCUAUCCAACUCAAAGGCCCUUGGCGGCCAUGCACACUUUGCUUUAACUAUUUUACGCGAAAUAUCCUUUGCAUAGUAUAUACACAUAGUUUAUAUUGAAUAUUGAAUAUUUACUAAUGGUAACGUAACACAAUAUUGUAGCAUUGAAUUGAAUGUUGAGAAAUUGUAGCAAUGAUAACACACUGUGCGACAGCGAUUUUGUACUUUGCACGCGACAAAAAUUGGAAUUUGCCAACCUCUGCCCCCCCCCCCCACCAUAUUGUUUUUCAAAAUUCAAAAACUCAUCCAGUACUACAAACUAAUUUUUGUCGCGGUGCUAAAGUGCAUUCAAAAGUUUCCAUUUUGUUGCACAGUGUAAUCUAUGAAUAUUAUUAUUAUAUACAAAUUAUGUUAUAUUUACCUGCGUAUUUACAUAGUUGCAUACAUAUACACAACACACACAUAUACAUAUAUAGUAUACAUAUAUAUAUACAUAGUUAGUUAAAUGUUAGAGCGCAAGUUAAAUUUAUUAAUGAACAAAGUA